AUGAGACCUGACUUAGCAUACAGUGUAGGUAUCAUAAGUAAAUUCAUGCAAAAGUCAAAGGUAUCACACCUAGCAGCGGCGAAGAGGAUAUUGAGGUAUUUGAAAGGAAUUCUCGACUAUGGCAUUAUAGUUCCUGCAACUGAUAAAGGAAAAGAAUGCAAGUUAGUGGAAUACAUUGAUUCAAGGUGUAGUGAUGCUGAGGAUAAAAAAUCUACAUCAGGGUAUGUGUUUAUGUUAGGUGGUUCACCAGUUGUUUGGAGUUCGAGAAAGGAACCAGUAAUGGCAUUAUCAUCAUGUGAAACAGAAUACAUAGCUUCUUCUCUUUGUGCAUGUCAAGCAACAUGGAUGGUGAAGUUGGUUGAAGAAAUCACAGGUAAAGAUCAUAGAGCAAUUACCAUCAAGAUCGACAGCAUAUCAGCUAGCACAUGA